AUGAAGAACUCUAGUGCAGUUCGCAUGUACGAGUCUAUUGAGGUGCCGGAAGAGAUCAAAGGGCAAGGCAUACUGGAGUAUAUCAAGGACUUCGCGAUGGCAGGAGGAAUGCCAACGCGGCAGGCUUCGACGGGGUUGAGAUGCACGGGGCAAAUGGAUAUUUUGUUGAUGAUUUCCUCCAGAAUACAUGCAAAAAGCGGGCUGAUGAAUGGGGUUGGCAGCAUUGAGAAGCGUGCCAGAUUUCCCAUCGAGGUGACCAAGGCGGUCGUGGAAGUAAUUGGUUCGGAGCGGAGGGCGAUCUGGCCAAGGCCGUUCAGCGAUUCCCAGGAGAUGCUAUAUAGACGAGGCGAUGUUCUCCAGUUCGGGUGCGUGUUCAAGCCACCAAAGCAGUUCAGCCUGGCGGCGUCCUUACAUUUGAUCGAAGCCCGUAUUAGCGGCAAUAUUGACACUAUUAAGGCUCGCCAUCUUGUUCGUCCAAUCUGA